AACAAUGCUUAUCGUGUCGAGGAUGAUGACGUAUAUUUGUAUGGUGGAAUGGAUUUCAAGAAAGGGCAAUCUUGGCUGAUUCCUCACGACCACUUAGCGCUACUGGGAACUAUUACAACUGGCAAAUUUGCUAAGAUUUGUCAAGCAACAAUCCGAUCCAGGUCAGAACAAGUUGUAGCCAAAAUGCUCAAAGAUGGGUACACGUCUGAUGAUGAAAUCUUUAUGAGGGCCAAGGUAAAUUAUAAUGCAACAGUAGUUGGUAAAGAUCCAAAUGUACUAGAGUUUAUUGGUGCUGUUGUGGAUAAUGAAGUCUUGGGACCAGUUUUGAUAUUAGAAUAUUGUGAACAAGGGCAACUAGAUAAAUGGCUACUAAAACAACGUGGUGAUAUUAACGAUGACACAAUUGAAAUUUUACAAAGAAUUGCCUUUGAUGUAUGUAAAGGAAUGGCUUACCUUGCGUCAAAAAAGAUUGUUCAUCAAAAACUAGCGGCAAGAAAUGUGUUGUUGACAUUUACAAGAGUAGCAAAGGUAGCAGGAUUCGGACCGUCAAAACCAGAAAAGGAAACCAUCAAUCACUAUGAUAACGCUUCAAAUGCCAAGAAAGAACGAAUUCCCAUCAAAUGGACCGCACCGGAGUGUCUGGUAUCCCUGAAAGAUGCCAAUGAAAAGAGUGAUGUUUGGUCUUAUGGAAUUGUGUUGUGGGAAAUAUUUAGCCUAGGAGAGACCCCAUACAAUGAUAUGAAGAGUCGUGACGUAGAAACUAAAGUGAAAUCUGGUUACAGAAUGUCCAAACCUGAAAUAUGUGAAGAUUUUCAUUAUGAUGUGAUGAAGAACUGCUGGGAGGAAAACCCAAAGAAACGACACAGCUUCAAGACAAUCAAGGGUCAUAUUGCCAAGACAUUUAGUACCAACACUCGUGACAGUGUUUAUUAUUACAAAUAAAUAACACAUUUUACAAAUGGUGGCAAAUUUUCCAUUUAUACAAAUAUAUUAUAUUUAUAAUCCGUAGUUGUGCUAUUGUAAAAAUGCUCUUUAUACUUGUCACCCUCAUUUUUAUUGCCAGGGCCUUUCAAAAAUUAACAAUUUAAUCUAACUUUAAUCAUGCAUAUUUUAUUAUAACAAACAUGUCAUCAUCGCUGUAAUUGCUACUUCUACGGGGUAAGGAUACAUUUUGCUAGUAGUAGGAAAAGCCUAGGUGAUAUUAUAUAGAAGUGAAUGGUCUCUUGAAAACAAUGAGUAUUUCAAUAUAUAUUUGUCUAAAAUGAUAAACCCAUUCCAACCGUGUCUGUUUAUUAUUGAUAUUGUAGUGUGGCACUAAUUAAUUAAAAGGGCUUCUGAAAUGGAUGGAAAUAUAUUAUUUAGUUUGUAUCCACCACGAGAUUAUCUAACACAAUUUAUGUCUAGUUUUAAUCUAACAGGGAGCCAAUGUGGCUCAGUCAGUAAGACGUUGGCUUGCCAACCCGGAGGUCCUGUGUUUGAUCCUUCCGUUGGCCGAUAAAGUUCAUUAUGUUUUUUCAGGCGUUGCCCCGCCUGGUCAGUGGUGCAGGACAGAGGACCUGGCAAGGGACAGCGUAUAGUCGUUCGGGUGGGACGAAAAAUCGAGGUAUCGUGUACACUUUGGCGUGCCCGUAAAAUAUCCCUUGGCAGUUGGAAUUCGAUAUAAGAAUAGGUCGUAGCGCCGGUAUAUCCGGGCAAAAUUUCCCUCAUAGCACACUAUAUGGCUUAUGUCCGACUUCAUUAGCAGUAGGACGUUAAACCCAAUUUCAUUUCAUUUAAUCUAACAAAUUACGGUUUAAAUAACAUUUGUCAACGCUUGCGUUUAAUUUAAUUUGUAUUAUUCUGUGCUAAAUUUGAGACAAAUCACCCAAGUCAUCAAUUUACGAGUUAUUAAAAUGUGUUAGUGGUAUUAAACGGGUAAGGCGAUUGCCUUAACCAACAUGGGCGAUUGCUUGGGUGAUUAACCAACAUGGACGAUUGCUUGGAUGAUUUUGAAAAUAAAGUUCAAAUUUAAAUACCUUUAUUUUCUUGGUGAUAAUGCCUCGUUAAGGGUAUAUAUUGAUAAUUUCCAAUAAAUAUUAAAUAAAAUAACUGAAUUAAAAUCAGUCGAAUUUUAUAAAGUUUAUGAUGUACAUAUUUGCAUAUUAACCAUAGCAUUUUACAUUUGUUUAUGUUGUUUUAUUUUCGUCAGAGGUUCUGUAUCAGGUUCACGUCUAUUGUGCGUAUAUCCAGAAUAAUUCUGAAGCUGAGUGUCUUUUCUCUUUGUUAGGUAUGUACAGAAAUAUGAGGGUAGUUACUUAUGUAUGUAUUUGGAUCACUGCUUUAUAUAUUUGCAUUAUUGUUAAUAGAACCCUAUAACGAAUAAAUAAAUAACUAACAGCUUA